GUUCUUCCAACCACUGCAGGAAACACAAAUCGAGUCACGUCGUUGCUUGGCGAAGCAUGUUCCUCGAGAGCAUUGCGGCGAAUUUGGUCAACAAAUUCUGUCGUCGAUUCGUAAAAGACUUCAAAAAGGAGAACUUGUCAUUCAGUUUAUCGGGCGAAGUCGUGUUGACCCAAUUCGAACUCAACACGGACGAGAUCAAGCAGCUACAGUUGCCAGUGGAACUCAAGAGCUUUUGCGUCGGCAAACUACGCCUGCGCGUGCCGCUGGCGCACCUCACGACCCAGUCGGCCGAGAUCGAGUUGAUCGAUGUCAGUGUAUUGUUGGGCACUCCCCGGGAGCCAAAGUGGGACCUCGACUCGUUGUACGUGGCGGAGCAGUCUAAGAUCUUCCUCAUGACAUUACUCUUGGAUCACUUCGCCGCCGACUCUACUACCCCCUCGACCCCAUCGUCUUCGUCUGUCCACCAUACUAACAACCAACCCCCUCGAGGAGGCGCCAUCCCCCAAGGGGGCCCUUUGACUCCGUCCCUUGUCGCGCUGAUUCAAAACAGCCAUAUCAUCAUUGAACGCAUCCACGUUCGAUUUGAAGACGGACUGACCAGUGACCACGUGGUCGACGUAGACUCUGCCACGUCAUCAUCGUCGUCAUAUGCUCUGGGCGUGACCUUGGCCAGCCUCGUCGUGCCUCCAUCCACGCCAUCGACUUCCACUUUCGCCCACGACAAAAAGCUGUCGCUGACUCAAUUGAGCAUCUAUUUGAAAUCCGACGAUCGCUUUGAAGACAUGUCGCCCGACGAGAGGGCGAUAGCGUUUCGCGCGCCGUUUGAACGGGACGGCACCAAGACGUCGCCCCUUGGAACUAUUAGUACUACUAGUGCGUCUACUACAAGCCCCUCCAAGCACCCCCCUCCCUUGGCGGUGUUGGAACCACUGUCGUUGGACGUGCGAGUCCAAAUGAAUUUGGUGCCAGUCAUCCAACUCGCCGUCCAGAUGCAUGUACCGCUAGUGCAUGUGAACAUGGCGCCAUCGCAUUACCAGUACCUGGAUGCGUUUCUUACCCAUGUGGAUCGGUUUGAUCGAUUCAGCCUCUACCGCCGAUUCCGCCCUGUCCAAUCCACCCCCCUCUUGACGGGGGAAGCCAAGCGAGCAACCAACUGGAAGGACUGGUGGCGCUAUGCCAUUGUGGCCGUGAUGAUGGAUUUGAACGACCCCGUGCGCCGCAAGCCCACAUGGCGGUCGACGCUCAACCUCGUGCUCGUGGGGCUCCAGUACACAGCCCUACGCCGCCAAAUCACGCCGUUUUUGAUCCGGCAAACCACGGGCACUGCAGACCACCACUUUUUGCAGUACCGCGAAGACUUCAAAGGCAACGACAGCGACGCGCGGGCUCCGUUUGAUCGAUCUCUGACGUUGGCGUCAGAACCUGUGCCAAAGCACGUCACACAUUUUGGCGAUGGCAUCUUUGCGGGCGUGUACGGGUUGUAUCGUUGCUUUCCCCGGCAUACCCCUGGAUCGAAACCCAUCGACACGGCUGAAAGCAUUGCUCUGCGUCCUACAGAACCAGUGCACCAACCCAAAGAAGACAAUGCAAGCGCGGCGGCACAGGCCAAGAAAUUGUGGCAUCGGCAGCUGUGCAUCGACGCCAGCUUCCGCCCGAUAAUUGUGGCCAAGCUGCGCGCGCUGGCGGUGCGGCAACUCGCCCUCCAGGACCACAAGACGGUGGUCACAACCAAGCUGCACAACGCGAUCAAAGGCAGGUUGACGCUGACUGUUGUGGGAGUUUAUGGCAUUCCAAAGCCCAUGGUCCUGUUUUGCAAAGUCAAGGUGGGCCACAAGGGCACGCCGUACACGGGCGACUUGGUGCACUGCGAGCGCUCGUCGUCAGACUCUAAUUUCGACGCAUUAGUUGCCCAGUCGUUCGAGUUCAAGGUCCAAGGCACCCCGAACGAAGACAUUUUGCACCUGAAUUUGUUUGAUCGGUGGCCCAUGUUCAACCAAUUCGUGGGCAAACUUCGCCUUCCGUUGCCGGCGCUGACACGUAAAAGUUACACCGAUCAAAUGGUGGCCGUGGAAGCUGCCGACAACAAGGCCCAUCAUCGCAUGCAACUGCAUGUGCUCAGCGUGUUUGUGCCCGACGAGGCAUCGUCUCCGAAACCCAAAGUUGGUAUUGCUACAACGAGUACAACGACGUCACCAACGGCCAUCGACGAGCAUACCGCCGCAACAUUUGCCAACUCUACAGCCAUGAUGCAAGCCCUGUACCCGGCUUUGUUUGCGUGCAAACCCCAUUCGAUGCAGUCAUGGUACUCCAACAAAGCAAAACCAAGCGUGCAAUCUCUGACAAUUGACGCCACUCUGGCCAAAUUAUACGUGGCGUUUGUCUUUCCUUCUGCGACCAACACAUCACGUUAUGCCUCUUCUGCCGUCCUUCCCAUGGACCUUGCUUUGGAUGACGUGGCACCCCCUUCUUCUGCCUCCGAAGACCAACUCGUGGUCCACUUGCAAGCAGUUCAGUACCGCCUCAAUCUGGUGGUGCCUGCGCACUUGAAGCAUGCGCUUGUGCUCGGGCGAUUCGACAUGCACCUCGAAACAACAACUUGCCGGCAAUCGUCCUCGUCGGCUGCCACCGACGAAGUACAUCACCCCCCUGCUCUUCGUUGCACCAAGACGCCGUUCUUUCAAGCCCCCCGUCGUAUUCCCACCCAAAAACCUCAAGACCAUGAUGAACAAUCGUUGCCCCCGUUCGCGUCCUUUGACCAAGUGAUCGACUCCAAUCAGCCAGUCCAGUCCAAACUCGUCACCCAGGACAUCCAGGUGACAGUGGACGUCCCAGUUGUCCUGCGGAAUAUGAGGUUUGUGCUCGACAAGGUGCCGGAACGCACGGUGCUGUCGUCGCUGCUUGCCGCACCCGUGAUUCAAGCUAUGAUGAAGCACAUUCGUGGACGAGAGCGAAGUGGGGGGCAAAGCGAAGACUGUCCCCCCGUAGAUUCGAUGGCCGCGGGUGUUGCUCCCCCAGCCAAAGGUAUUAGUAGGACUAGUGGGAAUAGUAGUACUACUAGUACGAUCCCCCCAACCGAAAACACGUCCGCCACCGGACCCACGAGCCCCCGGUUCCUCGGGUCGUGGAAAUGGACGUCGCAGCGACCGGAAGCAGUCCCCUCGAUGGUGUCUGGCCGCACCGCUACCGCCGGAGCGUUGCCCAACAUUGUAGGAAAACAACUCACCAAAGAUCGCAGCGGGGAAUUCCAUGCACAUAUUGAGUUGGGUGCCGUGUACAUUGCCGUAGCCGGCGCUGCAUCGUCCCCCCCGCAACACGACAACAACGAAGACGAAAGCAACAGCCAAACUUCCAACCCUCCGAAUUACUCACCAUUGAACGUGCUGGAGGCGGUCAUCCCAAGUUCGAGUCUGCACGUGGUGGGGGGCAAAGGGCUUCCCAUCGAAGUCAAGUCAGGGACGUCCGCCACAGUCUUUACGACAGAGCACGAUAUGUCGUGGGUACUGGCGCAGCUGGCUCGCAUCCGUCGUGUGGCCAAGCGGCAGCUCACCGUCGACGCGCGGCCGUUUUACGACAACCCGACUGUGACUAGUCGGGGUAAAAUCGACCGAUUCGAGAAUGAAAUCCACGCAUUGGAGCGACAACUCGCCCACUUCCGCAUGCUCAUUCGUCAAGUGGUCGCCGCGCCCCAGACGUACGGCAUCAACUCGGUCGACUGCGACUCGCUGCGCCUCAUGGUGCGAGAUAUGCAGCCCAAGGUGAUUGAUACAACUCCUACCACGAUCUCCAAUGUCCAAUUCGAUGUGGUCCGGAUGUUGUUAAAGCAAGGGAUGACAGUACUCAAGCAUAACGUCCGCAAAGGUGACCCGUCGUGGCGAGUGUUGUGGCUGCUCCCCCCUCCCGAUAAGAACACCCCCACCACCACGGAAUAUCCAAGUAAAUUGAACCGACCACCAGCAGCGCUUUGUUUGGCCAAGCCCCAGGACCGUAAAACCCCCAAAGUGCUCCCGCUAUCGUCGAUUGCAAACGUUGUGACGAACGUGAUGACCCCAGCGUUGACGCGCACGGGCCAUCCCCAGGCGUUGGAUACGUACUUGGUGCUGCAAGUGGUGGACGAACUCAAACCGAUCAGCCUCGAGUUUGCCAGCAACGACAUUCGCGAUCAAGUGGCAGUGACCUUGGCACGACUCUUGGCGGGACUCGAGUAGUAGUACUAGUAUACGUAUAGUACUAGUAGUACUCACCACGGCAGACACACGAUCGUCCAUGGAAUACAUGUGAAUUCAAAUGUACUGACUGUGA